AUGCUGCAGAAAACUUUCAUCAUCAUUUCAGGGACAUUCUACAUCAUUGCCACUAUCUCAGUUAUGGCUGGUUUAAGCUGGUACAAGAGGGCUCACAAGUUAAAGCUGCACACAUAUAAGCAGGGAGACAAAUACGAGACCUGUGUGAUCUGCAUGGCAGAUUACAAGGAAGGGGACUGCCUGAAGAUCCUGUCCUGUUCCCAUGCUUACCACAACAUCUGCAUUAACACCUGGUUCCACACCCAGUCCAGGAAGAAGACCUGUCCCUUCUGCAAGCAGGUGGUGAACGCCUACGGGCAAGGUGAUCUCCUGCCAGAGCAGGCUGGUGAAGAUGUGAAUGAGGAGGAACAGGGCUAUGAAGACAAUGCAUCCAGAGAAGGGCACGAUGAUGAGUAUGUUGAAGAGGAGAAAGAUGAUGCAAGCACAGUGGAAGGGGAAGAGUUUGAUGUGCUGGAGGACCUCACUGUUUGA